CCAUGCCUCCUCCUCUGUCCAAGUUUGCAGCCCCCUUUGCACAUCCACUCCAUUUUCACCUUCAUCCCCUUUCCCUACCCCUCUUCCCUCUUUUUCUCAACUCCCCCUUGCACACAGACCACUCCAUUUCCAUUCUUCCUCUCCCUCCUGUUCUUCAGCCCCAUUUGCACACACACCCUGUGAUGAUAUGUUACUGUAUCUUUAAGACAAGUAGAAACUAAGAGCAAGCCUGUCAUUUAACUUGUUCAGUUAGAGAAGGUUUAAGUUCAGUUGAUGAAUGUUGCAUAUAUGUGUGUGUUUUGCUGGUUAACACCAGUUCUAAAUUACUACAUUGAAUCUGGAGCUUCAUGUUGAAGACAACACAUGGUAACUAGAGUGAAAUAUAUUGUGUGAAGAUGCCUAUUUGUGGAUACGUGUCAGAGUAAAGUCCACCAACCAAAAGACUGAUACACUGAAAAUGUAAAGUCUUGUGAAGAUUGCUGGCUGUUAUACAUUUGAGAUAGAGAUCUUGAGCUGAGUUGGACUUCAGCAGUAGGCAAAGUGCAUAUCCAAAGAACUGUCUCACAGAUUAAAUGUCCACCUUCUCAUCUUGCCAGCAGUCAGUUUGAACAAGAAAGUCUCUGUUAGGUUUCCAGCAUCCACCUGAGUGAAAGGCUUCUUCAAGGAAGAGAAUGAUUUUGGAAAAUUCAUUGGGAUGCCUUCUGCUGCUACUCUUUCAAUGCGGACUAUGGACAACUGCAGAAAAGGCCUUGGAACUUGCUAAUUCUCACCUGGUUCCACCAAGAGGCUCUAUGAGACUGAUCAACAUUAAUGCAGACGAAUAUCCAAGAGACUGCAGUGAGAUUUAUAAGCAGUCUGAAGAAAAAUCCAGAGAUGGUAUUUAUAUCAUUCAGCCAGGAAAGGAGCCCAUUGGUGUCUACUGUAAUAUGCAAGAAGGUGGCUGGACAGUAAUUCAACACAUUACUGCCAACAGUACUGUGGACUUUGAUAGAACCUGGCAGGACUACAAAUAUGGAUUUGGCUCAGUUGAUGACAACUACUGGUUAGGCAAUGAAUACGUGCACCAGUUAACCAGCUCUCCAAGACCAUAUACACUUAGGAUUAAACUUGUAGACCUAAAUGCUAAUAUCAAGUGGGGAGAGUAUGAGCCAUUCCACAUUGAAGAUGAACUCUCUCAAUACAGGAUCAGGCUUGGACUGUAUAAAGGUAAUGCUGUUGAUGCUUUGUGUCAGGAUACAGAAGCAUACCUCCAUGAUAACCAGAAGUUCACAACAAAAGACAGAGAUAAUGAUAACUAUUUUCAAAACUGUGCCAAACUAGAGUACAAUGGUGUUCCUGGUGGAGGCUGGUGGUAUGAUGCUUGUGCUGGAGCAAAUCUAAAUCGUAGAAAUGUUAUCUAUUGGCAACAGGACUGCAACAAAGAGCACAUGUGCAAAUAUGCCUGGAUGAUGGUCAAGCCAACUGACCAUAGUCAGGAGUGGCCCAAGGCUUGUCCUACUCAGAAGGAUGAAUUGUAAACAACAUAAUGAAAUUAAAUCCAGAUAGAGAAUUGCUCUCUAAAUUGCAAUGUAGAAGCAAUUUUUCCCUUUUGUUUGGAUGUUUUUGAAUAUACAAAUGAAAUGAAGGCUGUAUCACAAGAUGUGAACAAUGAGGGCCUCAAUGUUAAUUUCCCCCCCAUUUCAGUAGCAAAUCUUGAGUGAUGACCCAACAAUGAGACAGGUGUUAAUAUUCUGGGAGAAGAGAAAACAUACAUAAAUUCACAAAUUAUCAAAUGCUGGGAAGAUUAUGAAGUGGUUAUGAACAUAAAAAAUAAGUAACAGACAAGAAGUGAUAGGACAGAGAUAUUGAGAUAAAAAUAAACAUAAAUGCAUAAGAAAUAAUACAUAAAAUAUUAAUUGGGAAGGAAUAAAAUGUGGAUACAGUAUUUGCUUAAAAUGAAGGGGUAUAUAUUAGAGGUUUAGAAAAAUCACAUGAAACUUGCAGUUAUUUCCUCUACUUUUUGCCAUGAUUGUCUGUGAAAAUGCAUAAUUUCUCUUUUCUGAGAUUUCUUAUAGCUUCAACAGCUCAUUUCAAUAGUGGUGCUUGAGCUGUUGCUGCCUUCUAUGAAAGGAAGGAAGGAAGGAAGGAAGGAAGGAAGGAAGGAAGGAAAGAAGGAAGGAGAAAUUACAGUAACUGAAAGUCACAAACCUCCAUGAUCUCUUAGGAACAGAUUAUUGUAGUAUAAGUUUAUUCAGGUGCAUGAAACGAUGAAUUAGGCUCUUAAUCAUAAAGGUUCAAAGCGCAAUAAAACAGUUAAGAGGCCACAACAUGUUUUUUUUUUUUGUCUACAAAGUUGUCUGGCUGCUAUUUUGAGCAAAAAUAGUGUUGCUUGUAAGAUUGCAACACUUUAAGUUAUUAAUAAUCAAAUAAUAUACUUCAUAAAAAAUGAAAAAUGGUAGCCAAUAAUACACGAUUUUCAAGAACUGUUCCACUUCAUGAGUGCUGAAGCAGAAUGGAUGUGGUAAUGUGCAUAUCUGAGAUAUUACAUCCAACAGAGGGCAGUGAUGCAUAUGAAUGUCAACAAGAAUAUUGUAUUGAUUAAUCUUUUGUGUAGGGACAAUUAAAAAUGUGUAUCAUGUGUUGUACCUUCAUUUUUAAGUGCAAAAUAUUUUCAUCUAAAAAUUAAAAAACAUGAAUUAAAA